AUGUCUUGUCCAAACACACUCCCUGCAUCAUGGUAUACCAGUAAGGCAAUUGCUGGCCUAGAAAGGCGUGCUAUAUUCGACAAGACCUGGAUUUAUCUCGGUGUUGUCACACGAUGGUCCGCUGACGGCGAGGACUGUUUAUAUGAUAUAGGGCUGUUCAAAUUUACUGUUCGACGCGAGUCAGAAGACUGGAAUAAUAUCCAGGUUUUCACAAGUGACGGCACUCUAAUGCGUCGCCAUAUCACCCGGACCGGCCUCGUCUUUAUAACUUUCUCCAAUUUGACGCCUGAGUUCAACGAAUACUUUCCCGGUCUUGAAGAGCUCAUUUCAACAGUUGACUUCACCGCGUUUCCCUUUAGAAAAAGCCUCAAAUACACCGGCAAGUAUAAUUGGAAGACUCUUAUCGAUGGGUUCCAAGAAUGCCUUCACUGCUCCUUUGCGCAUCCAUCAUUCUCCAAGGUUUAUGCGCCGACUACAUACCAGGUGCUUAACGAACAGAACUUCUCACGUCACCUAGCAGAAGCAGGCUGCAAACGCGACAGUCCAAGUGAUGGUCUUUUUCUUUACUUCUUCCCCAACUCCACGUUGAAUUUGUACGGUGGUGGUAUCUCCUCGUUCCGUACCUGGCCGACAGAUGAUCCGUCUCAAACUAUCAUGCAGUUCGACUACUAUCACAAGUCACCUGUCGAAACGGAGGAUUUUAAGAAUUAUUACAAAUUCGCCCGAACUGUCGCAACGGAAGACAACGAUCUUUGCGAAAUGGCUCAGAUGAACCUGAAUGUGGGGAUUUAUACUGAGGGCAUACUGAAUCCAAACAAGGAAAAUGGCGUGAUUCAUAGCAGAAAAGGACAGCCCAGGUCGGAGCGGCCUCAUCUUGGAUUGCGAGCUUUCCACUCUGACGAACCCGAACUCUCCGUCAGACGUGAGUCUGACAACUAUGGCGUCCCGAGCGAUCUACUCAGCCAACCCGAAUUCCCGCCACGAGAUCCUGUCUUCCCGCAAUCCCAUACAGCCCAGACUCCUGUUGACCUAGGGUCUCGGUGCGAAUUUGUUGACUAUGGAACCAACUUUGAUGGUCCUCAGAUCAAUGACCUCUCAUUAGAGAUGUCCUUCGAUAUAUCCGAAGACCUAGACGACCUCUACGACAUCCUUGCCGGUCUCGAUUCCUUCGAUGCGCCACAAGUCCAUCACGACACCUCACCGCCAGAUUGCCCAGUAAUGUCGGGCGGUAUCAUAACGGGAUCACUGAACACUGAACGGGCACCAUUUCCGUGUAUCAACCUACUAAAUGAUCAUAUCCCCCUGUCGCCAGUUUUGCGUACUUCACAAUUUGUUGAAGCAACACCAGAACUUCAGGGCUUUUAUAGAGGUGACGAGUUUGGAGAAGUAGGUAUUGAAGAUGAUGAGCACUCUCCAUCAAGUUCAAAGAACCACUCCAGGUCGCCUCUUUACAGGGUGCCUCAGCUCGAUAGCGACUCUCCAGAGAACAUCUCUGUACUCUUUGAUCGCCGCAUAUGCGAGGUUUUAUGUAUCAAAGACAGUUCAUCCGGGAAUCCAUGGCGAAAGAUCGUCUGGCCUAUGGCUAAGGAGCACACUGCGCUUUAUCACGCACUUGCUGCCAUGACAUGCUUCCAGGGAUUCAAUGAUCUCCCUCAACAUCGCGCCAUAGGACUAAGACACCUCAACUAUGCAGUCCAACAGCUCGCAAUCAUGGAAACUAGCGAUUGUAAACCCGAGGCAACCAUCAGCACGGCGCUGGCCGUGAGCCUAGCUCAGGCCUGGUGCCAUCCUCGAUCUUCUACUACCACGAGUUACAUUAGGAAAGGAGCCGAGCUUCUUCGAAAGGCGCUAAUCGAACACCAGUCUUCCCAGCGUCCCAGAGAUGAGCUGAGCGGCUUAGGCUUCCUCUCAAAUACCUGGAUAUAUAUGGAUACCAUAACGCGCAUUACGUGCCAUGACGGAUACGUCAUGGAUUUACCGCUCAUGUCGGAUUGCAGCUUAUUCAGCUCCAAAUCUUCAGUAUCCACGGUAGAUCCUCUCAUGGGAUGCGCUAGGCCACUAUUCCCUCUUCUCGGCAGCGUGGCUGAUCUAGUCAACCGCGUUCGGCGCAGGCAGGAAAAGCUCAACUCGCCAGCAAUUGUCUCCGAGGCAGUCCGUUUGAGGACUUCGAUUGAGCGAUGGGAGCCUUCCACUGAAUUUGAUGAGGAACACCAGGAGACUCAACUAUCUUCAAGCACGAUUGAUCUGAUACAAACAGCUAAUGCUUACAAGUGGGCAACCUUGCUAUUUCUUCACCAGGCAGUGCCAGAGCUUCCGACACAAGUUUCGUUGCAGGACAUGGCCAGAAAGGUACUUACCCUUAUAGCAACUGUCCCGGUAGACUCUCAUGCAGCCAUAUUUCCCGUAAUGCCGCUGAUGAUUGCGGGUUGUGAGGCUACCGAGAUAGAGGAUCGGACUUGGGUCUCUGACAGGUGGCGAGUUCUAGGUUCUCGACUCACUUCGGGACUUGUCAACAGAUGUUUGGAGAUUACAGCAGAGGCUUGGAAAAGACGCGAUAAGUCAUCUAAAUCAACUCGUGUCGAAACGGUUUCCUCUAGCCCUUCAUGCUCGACAGUCAAGAGCGAAAUACAUUGGAUGACCGUCAUGAAGGACUGGGGUUGGCAAGUUAUGCUGGGCUGA